AUGACGCCCCCUACCGGAGCCGCACCUACGGCGCCUAGUGACGCGCCACAAGCGUACGUCGACCAGUCGUCGGCGUACCCUAACUCGGGCACCGCGCCGGAAGGUACAGACGCCACUGGUACGCGUACCUCCGAUGGCAGCCAGAACCCCUCGCAAUCGGUGAUUGAGAAGGAUGUAGGCACUAUUCUGGCUGGUCUCAACCAGGAACAACUGGAGAGCAUUGUGGCUGCAGCUCGUGCUACCGACGGUGGCGAUCAACAUGGCUAUGGCUCGAACCAGUACGAUUCCGCGAACGCUUUGGCGCAUCUGCCACCUGGCCUGGGCCAAGCCGCGUCGACGCUGACGUCGUUUGCCUCCUCGUUCAAGCGGACGAAUGCGGGUGGCAUGGCCUCCGAAGAUGACAUGACGAGCGGUGCCGGCGGCCUCUCGGAGGCUUCCUCGCAUCUGGGCGACGCACCUCCACCGCCCGGUAUGGAGCAUGAUAUGCAGCACCAACGUCAUGUGCAUGGCCAAGCGCACAAGGGCGGACCGUCCGCAGCGCAUGACCCCGCUGCUACGGCUGCCGCGUUGGCAGCCAUGGGCACGUUGGCAGGCCGUCAGCUCCCGCCGCACUCGCAGGCGCAUGCGUUGGGUGAGCGCGACGCUACGUUGGGCGCCGACGCUGGCAUGGAUGCCAAAUUUGUCAGUGACCAUGCUCUGGGCAAUGCACGAUACAAGCGCAAGGGCCCUGAGCUGGAUCGCCAACGCAAGGACAACCACAAGGAAGUGGAACGUCGUCGUCGCUCGGCCAUCAAUGACGGUAUUGUGCAGCUCUCGCAGAUUGUGCCUGGCUGCGACGUGAAAAACACCAACAAGGGCUCGAUCAUUAUUGCGGCCGUGCGCUACAUUCAGGACCUGAAGAACAAUGAGGCGAGCAACAUUGAGAAGUGGACGCUGGAGAAGCUGCUAAUGGACCAAGCGAUGAACGAUUUGAGCAUGUCACUCGAUGAAAGCCGUCGUGAGGUGGAGCGUCUGCGUGCGCAGCUCGGCAUGGCCGAGGCGAAUUCUGCGUCGAACGGUGCUGACAAGGCGGGUACGCAAGACAACGCCGGUGCGCAUGCCUACCAGGACCAGCGAUUCGCUACGCAACAGACCUACCAGGGCGGCGCGGCCGAUGGCACGCACGCCGAGCAGGACCUGGGUGUGUCGUUGGAGCACGCUCAUAGCGGCAAUGCCGGCUUGGAGCAUGCGACCAACAUGCUGGGCUCGCACGGCCUCGAUGCGGAGGCGAACAAGCGUGCGCGCCUUGUGUAG